AUGCUGGAGCACAUCCCCAAAACGAAGGACGAGUUGCUUCAGGAGAUGGAUGUGCUGGCAGCUUCACUGACGGCUGGUUUAGAUGCUUCGCCCGGUGAAGACCGGGCAGAGGGCGAUCUCGAAGCGGAGGCUUUGUUACCGGCAAGCACUUCGAGUCCACCUUCGGAGGCAACCAUUUUCCUCGAGCACGUUCCAAAGUCGCAGGACGAGCUGCAUGCUGAGAUGAAUGUGCUGGCUGCCUCGCUGACGGCGGGUCUGGCAGAUCUUCCUAGCAAGAACCAGGUGGAGGACGAUGCCGCAGAGGUGGCCACCCUGGCCCCCGAGCAGGAGGAGAUGGAGGAAAUGCAGGCGCUU